GGUGAGUUUGUAAACAGCUGCAGCCAUGAGGUCGUGGAGCGGUACGGUGCUGCCGGCCCUGCCGGCCCUGCUGGUCCUCCUGGCCGCCUACACGGCUCCCUGCCGGGGCCACAGCCUGCGCGGCUCCGUGUCCUGGGGCUCCUCCGUCUCCUCCGUGUCCUCCAGCUCCGCGGACCCGCAGGACGCGGACCUGUCGGACCUGUCUGCGGAGGCCGCCCCGGCGCUGCUGGAGGCCGGCUGGUGGAGGAGCAGCGGCCCGGCCAGCAGCGCGGAGCCCCGCAGCCCGCAGGGGAAGCCCGGGGUCGGGGGGGACGAGUCCCCGCGGUCCUCCCGGCUCUUCUCCUACCGGGACCCCCCGCCGCCCCCCCACCAGGACACCGCCAGGACCGCCAGGUACAUCUCCCAUUACAGCGACUGGGGACACCUGGCCACCAUCUCCACGCAGGACAAGAUCCGAGGUCUGCCCUUCGGGAACAUCUUCUCCGUCAGCGACGGGCCUCUGGGCAACAGCACGGGCGUCGUCUACUUCUACGUGACUCCCAUGGACAACACGGUGGCCGACCUGAGCAGCAACCCCCUCGCCUCGCUCACCUUCUCGGAGGCCGAGGGCGAUUUCUGCAGGCAGAUGGUGUACGAGGCCGAGGAUCCCCGAUGUGCCCGGCUGACCCUGACGGGGAAGAUGGUGGCGGUUCCUCCGGAGGAGCUGGCCUUCGCCAAGGAGGCCAUGUUCUCCAGACAUCCCGUCAUGGCGAAGUGGCCGGUGGGGCACAAGUGGUUCUUCAUGAGGCUGGAUCUGAUCCAGGUGUGGCUGCAGGACUGGGUCGGGGGGGUUUCCCUCGUUCCCCUGGAGGACUACUUUAAGGCCUCGCCCUUCUGAGGCCCGCUAGGUGCAGAACAUAUAUCGGGGGUCGGCAACCCGCGGCUCUAGAGCCGCAUGCAGCUCUUUAGCGCCGCCCUGGUGGCUCCUGGAGCUUUUUCAAAAAUGUUUGACUUUUUUUUUCCUUUUUUUUCUUAUUUUUUUUCUCUUUUUUUUUCCUUUUUCUCUUUUUUCUUCUUUUUUCUUUUUUGUUCUUUUUUUCUCUUUUUUUCUUCCUUUUUCCUUUCCUUUUUAAUCUCAACAUUUUGACUCUUUCCUCGACAUUUCGACUUUGUUCUCAACAUUUUGACUUUUCUCGACAUUUCGACUUUUUUCUCGACAUUUCGACUUUUUUCUCAAGAUUGUACUUCAACAUUAAUCUUGACAUUUCGACUUUUUUCUCGACAUUUCGACUUUUUUCACUAAAUUUCAACUUUUUAUCGACAUUUCGACUUUUUUUUCCUCAACAUUUCAACUUUUUUCUUGACAUUUCGCCUUUCGCCAUUUGCCUUCAUUCUAAGGCUUAUAAAAGACUUUUCACUUUUUUGCGGCCCUGAUACACAUAUAUAUAUAUAUAUAUAUAUAUAUAUGUGUGUAUAUGUAAGGGAUAAUGCCCGACGAGGUGUACAUUAUCAGAAAUAUUUGCGUCGGACGGUUUGCCUCCGCGAAGGGCAUUAUCCCGCUUAUACCACGGUCACUUACCAAAAAACAUAAAUAUUAAAUCAGUUAUUCAUGCUUUAAUGUGUUUUCAGUUGAAAUCAUUAGUUUUAUAACAAGCCACGGCUGAGCAGACUAUUUAAUCUCUCGUCUUUUUUUUUAACAAGCCAUAACUCAGUUUCCUAGGUAACGGGAGAUAUUCUAGUCCACUCGGCUAUUUUCUUUUCUCUCCUCUUUUGCAUCCCUGUUAUCAAAAUGGUUAAAUUCACCAAAUAAAUUAAAAGAAAUGACAAAAUCACUCAUGUCGCCGUCCUGCUGUAGCUGGCUCUUCUUCUCUGAAUCUCCGUUGCCGUAGUUACCACCUGGCAGUUGAUCCAGCGCAUUGAUAUUAAAGUUAUCAGGCAAUUUGACCUAACUUGUUUUCUAGGUGUAGGUUAUAAGUUAUAACCUACACCUGCCAGCCAAUCAGAAUCGAGUAUUCACACAGACCGUGGUAUAAAUAUAUAUACUCAAUCACAAAACACAUUUCUUACGCUUGAUGCAUGAAUGUACUAAUAAGCAAUGGACAAUUUAAACUGAUUACGUCAUGUAGCCUUUAUAAACAAUCACAUGGGUGCCGACUUAAGUUCAAGCUUAAGUUUAGUGUUGAAAGUUAAACAUUUCAAAGAGAAUUCUCACUGGUUUUUAUUUUAUUUCGUUUUAUUGAGACAGAAAUUUGAAUGAAGACUAUGUUAAUAAAAAAACAUGGUUAAGGUUU